AUGUUUCGCAAGGUGUUUUCGGUUGCUGUUGUAAUAUGCGGAUUGCUCGCCUUAGUCCAGGCAGCAAAAAAGGUUGAGCAAUGCGAAAAGCGUUUGCCCGCCUCGUUGAAGAACAAGCUGUGCGAUAUUCGGCAAUACAAGCUCCUCGAAGGGAACGAUAUGGAAAAGCACAUUGACUGCGUGAUGAAGGCGCUAGGAUUCGUCUAUCCUGAUGGAACUGGAAACUAUCAUGCACUAAUCAAACCACUGAACGCGAUCGAAAACGAUCGUAAGCAUGGCUUGAAUCUGGAAACGUGUGGAGGAAAUCGGGAUAAGCCGAAAGGUAAGCGUGCGUACGCGUUCUACAAGUGUAUGCUGCAAUCGUCGUCCGCUGAAUCGUUCAAGAAGGUGUUCGAUAUGACUGAGCUAGUGAAGGCUGGCAAACUUCCGUCAACGGCACGGUUCAGCUCCCAGGUGGAGACGCUGAUGAAGCAGAUCGAUGAUAAGAUUUGCAAGUAA